AUGUUCAAGCUGAUGUCGGUGUUGCCAUCGAGCGAGCAUGACCAGGUUUUUGCGUCAGAUUGCCAGAAGAUUUUAAACCAGAUGAGAGAGAUCACAGGGAUUCAAGAUUCGGAUUUGCUUCAGGCCGCUCUAAAGGCUGCUAAGGGAGACCUGAUGGAGGCAGUCAUCUUCCUCACGGAGGAUCACAGCGAGGAGCUAGCUAAGGACGUGGCGGCUGUCGAGCCAUCCACAGGGGAAGGCAGCGCUUUGGCCACACAGCCCCAGCAGAAUGUGACUGCCUUGCUUACCCCUACCAAGAACGAUGACCCUGGUGCAGCCGGUGCCUUCAGACUGCUGGAAUCGCCAAAAGCUCAGACUGCGGAAAGAGACGCUGCUGAAAGACCGCAGGAGACGCCUUCUGCUGAAAGCAAAACCCGCUCCAAAAGGAAACGCGGUGAAGACUGGGGAGAGAGCCUCAAGCACAGCGACUGGAGAAGAGUGGGAGACUGGCCCGUUGGCAUGAAGAACAUUGGAAAUACAUGUUGGUUCAGCGCUGUCAUACAGUCUCUGUUCCAGUUGCCAGAGUUUCGGCGGCUGGUCCUUGGCUACUCCCUCCCGCCAAAUGUGCUUGAACGUUGCUGUACUCACACUGGAAAAAGAAACGUGGCGUUCAUGCAAGAACUUCAAUAUCUCUUUGCCUUAAUGCUGGGGACACGUCGUAAGUUUGUAGACCCUUCUGCGGCACUGGAACUCUUGAGGGACGCGUUUAGAUCUGCUGAAGAACAGCAGCAAGACGUGAGUGAGUUUACGCACAAGCUGCUGGACUGGCUGGAGGACGCGUUCCAGCUCACUGUGAAUGCCAAGACCCCCGGGGACAAGUCUGAAAACCCAAUGGUACAGCUGUUCUACGGGACUUUCUUGACAGAAGGUGUCCACGAGGGCAACACCUUUUCCAAGAUCGAAACCUUCGGUCAGUAUCCCCUUCAGGUCAAUGGGUAUCGAAACUUGAACGAGUGCUUGGAAGGAGCCAUGGUGGAGGGGGAGAUGGAGCAGGAGACAGCGUCUGACUCGGUGAAGUAUGGACAGGAGCGCUGGUUUACAAAACUCCCACCGGUACUGACCUUUGAACUUUCGCGCUUUGAGUUCAACCAGUUGCUCGGACAGCCGGAGAAAAUUCACACCAAGCUAGAAUUUCCCCAGACUAUUUAUAUGGACAGGUACCUCUACUGCAGCAAAGAGCUUAUUCAGAUGAAGAGAGAAGAAAUGAAAAGACUAAAGGAGAAAAUGAUGACUCUGCAACAGAAGCUGGAAAGGUACAUGAAGUACGGCUCUGGCCCGGCCCGCUUCCCGCUGCCUGACAUGCUCCAGUACGUGCUCGAGUUCGUCACAACAAAGCCAGCCGCGGUCGCUUCUCCUGCUGCGGACUCUCAGCCCACGCUCCUGCAGCCCCAGGCCGAGCCUCCUGCUCUGGACACGCUUCUGCAGCCGAGUGGCACACUAGAAGGGAGAGGUGCGAGGACCGAAGACGAAGCUGUCUUUUCGGGAAAUUCUGCGGUGCAGCAAAGACCAGGCAGCCCCCUCCAGCCUGCUGGGGAGCCGGCAGAACCACCGGAGUGUCCAGCUCCUCACGGCGUUUCCGAGGAAGAGCUGAACCUUGUUCAGGCGUGUCUGCAGCGAUGGAGAGACGAGAUUGAGCAGGACGUGCGAGAUCUGAAGGAGUCCAUUGCCAGAACCAGCCUGUCCAUCGAACAAAUGUACUGUGACCCUCUCCUCCAGCAGGUUCCGUAUCAUUUGCACGCGGUCUUGGUACACGAAGGGCAAGCGAAUGCCGGUCACUACUGGGCCUUCAUCUACAACCAGCCGCGGAAGAGCUGGCUCAAGUACAAUGACAUCUCGGUGACAGAGUCGUCAUGGGAGGAACUGGAGAGAGAGUCGUUUGGCGGCUCGAGGAACGCCAGCGCCUACUGCCUGAUGUACAUAAGCGAUCAGGUGUCCCGCCUUGUUGCAGACGGGGACGCCUGCUCUGAAGGCGCGCAGUUUCAGAAGGAGAUCGAGGCCCUGCCCCUGGAGCUGCGACUCUACGUCCACGAGGACAACUGGCGGCUCGAGCAGGAGGCGGUGGAGUGGGAAGAGGAGCAGUCGUGCAAGAUUCCUCAGAUGGAUCCUUCGCCCAUCUCGGACUUGCAGGACCUCUCUUCCGAAUCGGGACCAGAUCCAUCCUCCGUGGGUGAGGAGACGGUGCGCUCUCUGUCCUCGGAGCAUGCCAUGAUUGCCAAGGAGCAGACAGCCAAGGCCAUCGCCAACACCGCAGACGCCUACGAGAGGAACGGCGUCGAGGCGGCUCUCUGUGAGCCCAAGGAGGUAGAACCAAUGAAGGCCCAACUGGGAGAAACAGCCCUUACAGUUCAGGCAGAGCCGCCCCAGGAUGCUAAAGAAACAGAGGCUGCUGCCCAAACUAGCUCACAGGUCUCUGAAGUGGAAAUCCCCAGUGUGGGGAAGAUUCCCGUUAGAUCCGAUGCAGACGGAUAUAACGAGGAGGUGAUGCUGAGCCCAGCCAUGCAAGGCGUCAUCCUGGCGAUUGCCAAAGCCCGCCAGACCUUUGAUCGCGAUGGGUCUGAAGCGGGGCUCGUUAAGGCGUUCCACGAGGAGUACUCCCGGCUCUACCUACUUUCCAAAGAGACACCCGCCCCGCACAACGACGCCCGCUUGCAGCACGUGCUCGUUUACCUCCUGCAAAACAGCGCUCCCCAGCAAGUGGUGGAACGGACCCUUCUCGAGCAGUUCGCAGACAAGAACCUCAGCUACGACGAAAGGUCGAUUAGCAUCAUGAAGGUAGCGCAAGCGAAGCUGCGAGAAAUUGGUCCCAAUGACGUCAAUAUGGAGGAGUACAAGAGAUGGCACGAGGACUACAGCCUUUUCCGCAAGGUCUCGGUUUACCUGCUCACGGGGUUGGAGCUCUACCAGAACAGCAAGUACCAGGAGGCACUCACCUACCUGGUCUACGCCUACCAGAACAACGCCAAGCUGCUCCUGAAAGGCAUCAACAGAGGAGUCAACGAGUCGCUGAUCGCCUUGUACAGGAGGAAUUGUCUCCUGAAGCUGAACGAGGUGGCGGCGUCUCUGUUUGCAAGCUCUGAAGAAGCUCGCGUGGCAGAGGGUAUCAGCAUCCUGAACGAGCUGAUCAUCCCCUGCAUGCACCUCAUGAACAGCUUCGACGUCUCCAAAGAGGACCUGGAUGCCAUGGAGGUCAUGAGGAACCGCUGGUGCUCCUACUUGGGACGAGAGGACAUGGAUGCCAAGGUGCAGAUGAAGCUGGGCGAGCUACUGCCCCGGCUCCUCGACUGCUCCACCGACGUCAUCGUGCUGAAGGAGCCCCCAAAGAUCCGGCCCAACUCCCCCUACGACCUCUGCAGCCGGUUCGCAGCCGUGAUGGAGUCCAUCCACGCGGCCUCA